AAUUGUUUAGUUGUUAAUGUUACUUAACAUGUUUAAUCUACUACGUGCUCCUUUCCUGUUCCGCCCGUAAUGCAGCAGCCAGUUCGUUCCACGAGGUUUCCAAGAUGGCCAAAAAGAAAGAUGCCGAAAAGGCAUCACACGGUAAUGAAAAUAACAAGUCGGCGAAGAAUGAAGGCAACGAAGAUGACGAGCCAAACUUCAGCGAUCCAGAAGGAUAUACGGACCCAAUUUCUGAUGAAGAGCUGCUGGGGGACCUCCUGAAGCAGAAGCCCCACGAGACGGAUGGCGUGGAGUCGGUCAUCGUGGUGGACGGCGUGCCCCAGGUGGGGCCCGACCGCCUCGAGAAGCUGUCCGUCGUCAUCAACAAGAUAUUCUCCAAGUUCGGCCCCAUCGUCAGCGAGUACUACCCGAAGAACGAGAACGGGCACACCAAGGGGUACAUAUUCCUGGAGUACGGCAAGCCCCAGCACGCCCUGGAGGCGGUCAAGCUGGCCAACAACUACAAGAUCGACAAGCAGCACACCUUCGUCGUCAACCUGUUCACCGACUUCAAGAAGUACGAGGACAUCCCGGGGGACUGGGAGCCGCCCCAGCCGCAGCCCUACAAGGAGCUGGGCAACCUGCACUACUACCUGCUGGACCCCGACGCCUACGACCAGUUCUGCAUCAUCAACGCCGCCAACAGCACCGUGCAGAUCUGGCUCAACUCCGCCCCGGAGCCCACCAUCGUGGAGGAGCGCCAGCGCUGGUCGGAGACGUACGUGAGCUGGUCUCCGCUCGGCUCGUACCUCGCCACGUUCCACAAGAAGGGCGUGGCGCUGUGGGGCGGCCCGGGCUUCGGCCAGAUCAUGCGCUUCAGCCACAACGGGGUGCAGUUCAUAGACUUCUCCCCCUGCGAGAAGUACCUGGUCACGUUCUCGCCACAGGCAGACGACCUGCCCGGCGACCAGAAGAAGCUCAUCAUCUGGGACAUCCGCACGGGGCUGGAGAAGAGGACCUUCGUGGCGGACGGCCUGAACGUGUGGCCCAUCUUCCGCUGGUCGCACGACGACCAGUACUUCGCUCGCAUCGGCACAGACAUGCUGAGCGUGUACGGGACGCCCUCGUUCGGGCUGCUGGACAAGAAGAGCAUCAAGAUCCCCGGCAUCAGGGACUUCUCGUGGUCGCCCACGGACAACGUGCUGGCCUACUGGGUGGCGGAGGACAAGGACGUGCCGGCCCGGGUCACCCUGCUGGAGAUACCCUCUCGGAAUGAGACCCGGGCGAAGAACCUGUUCAACGUCGCGGACUGCAAGAUGCACUGGCAGAAGUCCGGGGACUACCUCUGUGUGAACGUCAACCGGUACAGCAAGAUAAUCAGGAAGGAGAAGAACGAACUGAAAUACUCCGGCAUGUACUACAACUUCGAGAUCUUCCACAUGCGGGAGAAGCAGAUCCCGGUGGACAGCGUUGAGAUCAAGGAGCCGAUCCACGCCUUCGCCUGGGAGCCCGUCGGCUCCAAGUUCGCCAUCAUCCACGGCGACGGCCCCAACAUCAGCGUCAGCUUCUACGGCGUCAAGACGGGCCACACCCCGUCCCUGCUCAAGAGGUUCGAGAAGAAGGCGUGCAACUCGCUGUUCUGGUCGCCGGCGGGCCAGUUCAUCGUGCUGGCGGGCCUGCGCAACCUGGGCGGCACGCUGGAGUUCGUCGACACCAACGACUUCGUGGUGAUGCACAGCACGGAGCACUUCGCGGCCUCCGACGUGGAGUGGGACCCCACGGGCCGCUACGUCGUCACCGCCGUGUCCUACUGGAAGACCAAGGUGGACACGGGCUACUGGAUCUGGUCGUUCCAAGGCAAGAUCCUGAAGCGCGCGAGCGUGGAGACGUUCUGCAAGCUGCUGUGGCGGCCGCGCCCCAAGUCGCUGCUCCCGGCCAAGCAGGUCGGCGAGAUCAAGAAGAACCUGAAGAAGUACAGCGCCCAGUUCGAGAGCAAGGACCGCCUCCGGAUGUCCAAGGCCUCCAAGGAGCUGAUUGAGAAGCGAGCCAAGCUGCUGGAGGACUUCGUGGAGUACAAGGCCAAGCGGGUGGAGCAGUGGAAGUCCCAGAAGGGCCGGCGGCUCGAGCUCAGGAACAACAUCGACACCGACGAACUUGACUCAGACACGAAGAACGUCGAAGAGGAGGUGGUAGAGUUUUUCAUCAAGGAAGAGAUAACCGUUCUCGAGUAAUUUGUGAAUCGAUACUUGUGAUUGUUGCAAAAGAGAGAACGACUUGCCAUUCUUGGAAACCUCUUGUAACGCGACGAACGUGGACUGGUGCAUUGACAUUGUAAUUAUCACUAUUAUCGGUGGAGUGUCCUGUAUCUUUGUAUGGAUGACUGACUGCUAAUUGCUUUCUUUAAAUAGUUAACUAACCAGCCUGCUCUCUAGAGCGGGUUCCCGUGGUGGAAAAUGAUUUUUGAUUUGUCGAGAGAGAGUGUUGCAGUUCGUGCUUGGUUUUUACACUUGCUUUCUGCCUUUACCUGCUGUGCCGUUCCCAACGGUAGAACACGCUUCACCUUUUAUCUGGGAAAGUUCUAUCAUGUGCCGUAUAGAAUAUGUACAAAAAUCAAUAAAACUUUAUUUCCUGCA